AUGAGGGCUGUUAUUGUUGGUUUGCUGCUGCUGCUCGGUCUGUGUGGGUCCGGAGCUCAGGGUUCAGGGGUUCAGGAGAAGGCAGGUGAGGAAUCGGCCGAGCAGACAACAAAGCAAACCACCCCUGACAUCUGGGCGGAGGUGAGGGCUCUGAGAGACAUGGUGGUGGAGCUCAAGGUGGAGCAGAGGAACAUGGAGGCCAGAGUGACGGACAGCGAGAACCAGCUGAUCCUCACCAAGGCACAGGUGGAGCUGUUGGAGAGACAGAAUUCAGACUUGCAGACCAGACUGAGCAGCAGUGAGAGUGAACUUGUUGUUAGCAAGUCCAGGAUUGACCAGCUGGAGAGAGAAAAUGCAGAGAGAGAGGUGGCCUUCUACGCAGCUCUGACCAAUAACGGAUAUGUUGGACCAUACAACACAGACAUCACACUGAAAUACAACAAAGUCUUCACUAACAUUGGCGAUGCUUACAAUCCAGCUACAGGUUUCUUCACAGCACCAGUCAGAGGGGUCUACUACCUCCAUUUCACUGUGUGUGGUGGGUAUUCAGGACUAAUGGGUGUAUAUGUGUACAAGAACAACAAGAGGAUCAUGUAUAAUGUUGAGCGCAAGGAAGAGUCAGAUUUGGAAUAUUUCACUAACUCUGUUGUCUUGGAGCUGAUGGCAGGAGAUGAAGUCCAUCUGGUUCUCCCAUCAGGUCAUUCUGUCUAUGACAAUGGAAAUAACCACAGCACCUUCAGUGGCUCCCUUCUCUUCCCAUUGUGA